CUGCUGUCAUCUGCAAAAAAAGUGGCACAAUCCAUUUUUAAAGGCAACUGGCUUUUUUUUUUUCCUUCCAGGAAUUUUAUUUUUCUACAAGUGUUGUGACUGAGCGCUCCCGUGAUAUAAAACGACACAAAAGGGAAUGUUUUUGACAUUAUUCAGUUACUGGUUCAGUGACGCUUCAUUCACCCGAUCGGACAGCGAUUCCUUUUCUGAGGAGGAAUCUGUUUUUCCUCCAUUUGAAGGGGUGGAUAAGGCAGGAGAGGGGGUAAAUAGGAAAAGUGGAUGUCACCGGGACCCGUGUCGGUGGUGAGCCGCCGCGGAGCUGCUGUGGGAGUGUCGCACGCACGCACGCGAGGAUAGUUUGCCCUGGAUUUUUCAAUCAUUUGCGAGAUAAGGCUCCCGGACCUCCUCCUCGUCGUUGUCGUCGUCGUCGACGCUGCCCUCCCUUCCUCAUCCUCCCGUUUUUUUCUUCCUCUCUUACCUCCGCGAUUUUGCCGCGGUCCGCACGCGGGGUAGCAGCUCGCGCUCAGCUCGAGAGGACUGAACGCAGCGCGCGAGGCCCCCCGGCCCCUCCCCCACUCUCACUCUCAAACCCACUUCAGAUCAUCUCCUCACCUCCCUUCUCGUUUUCCCCUUCAUUUUCUUAACAUUUUUCCUCAGAGGAGGAGGAUUGCGGGGACUAUUUAAUUUUGACCAGCCUUCUUCCCAGCGGCCACCCGAACCAAGUGAUAUUUUUGUGUGUUUUUUCUCGUUUCUGAAGCCCCGACGAGGCCGGGCUGUGUACAGUAAAGCAGUGGGGAUGACUUUAGAGUCGAUGAUGGCCUGCUGCCUGAGCGAAGAGGCCAAGGAGUCGAAACGAAUCAACGCCGAAAUCGAUAAGCAACUGCGUCGGGACAAACGCGACUCGAGACGGGAGUUGAAGCUGCUCCUCCUCGGUACGGGUGAGAGCGGCAAGAGUACGUUCAUCAAACAGAUGCGUAUCAUCCAUGGCACCGGAUACACAGACGAGGACAAACGCGGAUUCACCAAACUGGUGUACCAGAACAUCUUCACCUCCAUGCAGUCCAUGAUCCGCGCCACUGAAAACCUGAAAAUUGGCUUCAAGUACGAGCAGAACAAGGCAAACGCCAUGCUGGUGAAGGAGGUGGACAUUGAGAAGGUGUCGUCAUUCGACCAGCCCUACAUUAGUGCCAUUAAGAUGCUGUGGACAGAUCCAGGCAUUCAAGAGGCCUACGACAGACGCCGAGAGUACCAGCUGUCAGACUCCACGAAAUACUAUCUAUCUGAUCUGGAUCGUAUCGCCGUGCCCUCCUACCUUCCCACCCAGCAGGAUGUUCUGAGGGUUCGAAUCCCGACUACUGGGAUUAUUGAAUACCCGUUCGACCUUCAGAGCAUCAUUUUCAGGAUGGUUGAUGUGGGGGGUCAGAGGUCAGAGCGCAGGAAGUGGAUCCACUGUUUUGAGAAUGUGACAUCCAUCAUGUUCCUGGUGGCUCUGAGCGAGUACGAUCAGGUUCUAGUCGAAUCGGACAAUGAGAAUCGUAUGGAGGAGAGCAAGGCUCUGUUCAGGACGAUAAUCACAUAUCCAUGGUUCCAAAACUCUUCUGUCAUCCUCUUCCUAAACAAGAAGGACCUGCUGGAGGAGAAGAUCUCCUACUCCCACCUGGUCGACUAUUUCCCAGAGUUCGAUGGGCCCCAAAGGGACGCCCAGGCUGCACGGGAGUUCAUCCUGAAGAUGUUUGUGGAUCUGAACCCCGACAGCGACAAGAUCAUCUACUCGCAUUUCACCUGCGCCACCGACACGGAGAACAUCCGCUUUGUGUUCGCGGCGGUGAAAGACACCAUCCUGCAACUAAACCUGAAGGAAUACAACCUGGUGUGAGACGUGCGACGAGUCCGACACAUGAAUCAGCAUAAAACAGGCACCCACAGAGCGUGCGCACACCUACGUCCACACACCACACACACACACACACACACACACACACAUGCAUCAUGUACACUUUCAGAAACACACGGUUCUUUUGAUUUCUCUUUACUAGCUUCCAGAGUUUUCCUCUUUCUGUCCAGCGGAAUCAUAAUGGACAUGUCCUGCUCAUCGUUUGUUUUUUAUUUGUUUGCGAAAGUCUGUCCGCUCAUCCCUGGGCAGCUCUCGUCAAAGGCCUCUUUCCCUUUUAUCAAAUUUGACCACCAAAAAAAAAAGAAAGAAAAAAAAGUGGCUCGGAUUUGACAAAGGGCAUUAGACUCCUACUAGCCACUUCA